CAAAGCGGCAGCAAGCUCGCCAGCGUAAAAACCACAGGAGUAUUAUGGUCUGUGCAUCUUGCAGGUGUUCACAGAGGGAGAGAAGUGAGCAGUAGUUUCAAGAAGAGCUUUAAAAGAUGAGCGACUCACUCGAGAAGACGACAGAGGGCCCUUUGUUGGAAGACGCGGGCUCGGAGAGUGGCAGCGAGUACCACUGGGAAGAUGGAGGCCUGGCUAUGGAGCUGCAGAGAGGGAUGGAGAACUUACGAGUCAACCUGGAGCUCACUGAUGUGACGGUGUGCGUUCAAGGACAAGACUUCCCUUGCCACAGGGCCGUCCUCGCCGCGGCCAGUCAAUACUUCAGGGCCAUGUUCUGCAGUGGCUUGAAGGAGAGUCGUGACGAGAGGGUGGAAAUAAAAGGACUAGACAGCAGUGCAAUGCAGUCUCUCUUGCAGUAUACUUACACCAGCCAGGCGCUCCUCACUCAGGAAAAUGUGCAGAGAGUCCUGGAAGCAGCCUGUCAGUUCCAGUUUCUGCGUGUUGUGGAUGCAUGCGUUGGCUACCUGAGCAGAUCCCUUCAACCGGAGACUUGCAUCGGGAUCCUCAACAUUGCUGAACGCCAUGCCCUGCCUGCUCUGAAAGUCAAGGCUCAGGACUACCUCGUUUUCCACUUUUCCCAGACGGUCCAGCAGCAGGACUUCCCAGAAGUGUCGACGGAGUCGUUAGAGACCAUCCUGCAGAGGGACGAUCUGGACGUGAGGUACGAGGAGUGUGUUUUUGAGGCACUCAUGCAUUGGGUGAGGGCCCUGCAAGACGAACGGCGUCAUGUUCUGACCCGUUUGCUGUCGUACGUGCGGCUGCCGCUGUUAGAACCGGCAUACUUUGUGGAAAAAGUGGAGUCCGAUGAACUGAUCCGCAGCUGCAGUGACACCUUUCCUUUACUGCAAGAGGCCCGUUCAUUUCACCUUUCUGGAAGGGAGGUGGUGUCAGAACGAACCAAACCGCGCGCUCACCAUUUCCUCUCAGAGGUGUUCCUCAUCAUCGGAGGCUGCACCAAGGACGACCGCUUCAUUUCCACCGUCACUUGUUUGGACCCGCUCAGACGCAGCAGACUGGAGGUUGCUAGGCUACCUGGCACCGAAAUGGAGGAUGAUUCUCAGAAAAGGAGAUGGGUGGAAUUUGCUUGCACCACCUUUCGCAAUGAGCUUUAUAUAUCCGGAGGUAAAGAGACUCAGAGGGAUGUUUGGAAAUAUAACGGCGCUCUGGACAAGUGGAUCAGAAUCGAGCCUCUGACAAUCGGGCGCUGGAGACAUAAGAUGGCAGUCCAAGGCGGGAAGGUGUACGCAUUGGGCGGGUUUGAUGGCGUCAAAAGGCUCGACUCCGUAGAGGCCUAUGAUCCUUUCCACAACCGCUGGACGCAGGUGGCGCCCCUCGCGGUGGGCGUGAGCUCCUUUGCUGCUGCAAGCUUUGACAGAUGGAUCUACGUGAUCGGUGGCGGGCCAAACGGAAAACUGGCGACCGAUUUGGUUCAAAGCUGGGAACCUGGAACAGAUUUCUGGGAGCUGAGGGCGCCCAUUCCUGUGGGAACCAAGUGCACCAAUGCAGUCUGCUUCAAGAAUUGCAUCUACGUUGUCGGUGGCGCUAUGCACACCAUGUACUGCUACGCCCCUCUGUCAGACUCCUGGUCCGUUGUGAGCCGUCUGGGAGAGAGGGCGAGCUGCGCCAUCGCUGCCUGCAACAACAAACUCUUCAUCACGGGAGGCCGGGAUAACAAGAACCACGUGGUCUCCACGGUGAUGUGCUGGGAUGUUGAUAAAGGUGUCCUCACAGAGGAAUGCGCUUUGCCCAUGGGUGUGUCGCACCAUGGAAGCGUGACACUCCUCAAGUCCUACACGCACUUGCAAAAGAUAGCGUCCACGCCCGAGUCCCAGUGAGAACGUAUGACGACCUUGCUUUUCCACGCUGAAAGACAAGCAUUGUCACUCUUGUUAUUUUGUGUCGAACAAAUAUGUUGUGGCAAUGCUGACGUAGCAGACUUCACACAAGAAAUGUGUGAUAAAAAAGACCUUAGGGGUCAUAUUUGUCGUCCUGUGAGUAAAAGGUGUGUUUGCUGGAUUAUUCCUGUUUCUUGCUAAUAUUAUACUCUGCUGUGCUGGCCAUGAUGUUAAAAA